AUGAUGCUUAACAAAAAUGUUUAUUUUGCAAGUGAUGAGUCAGGUGUUUUUCAUCAUACAACAUUAAAUCAUAUUAAGUAUGCACUUAUGAAUGGUGAUCGUGGAAUUAUUCAUAUACUUGAUUUAUAUAUUUGUAUAACAAAAGUUAAACUGAAGUACGAUAAGAUGCGUGAUGUACGUUCACCAAAAUUAUUUUAUCUAGCAGUUGGAUUUAAAUCAGAAAAAUUAGUUGGACGUUGUCAAAUCGCUUAUAGUUUAACAAAAAAUGGAAAAUUUCAAGGUCAACAAUGA